AUGUCCAAAGAGAAGGGAAUGGUUUUGACGACAGCGAGCAUUGCUUUUGCCCGGUUCAGCGAAAAGAACAAGCUGUUCGUUGUUGCUCUUUUGGCGAUGUGGUUUUUACCGGUAAUUGCAACGUCAACCUUUCCUCGACGUUCUUUCUCUGUUCUCUCCACCACUGGGAAAAAAGACGAGACGAACUCUGGCCAGAAGCAGCAGCGGGAGCUUGGUGUAGGUGGUCCAAGCUCCUUCCAUUGUCUACCUCAAGUGUCCCAGACGAGAUACGUACCUCACCGUGUGGGUCCUGGUCCGAUGGCUUCGGAGGCACGGAGAGGAAGGAAGGGGCUUACGGCAUACCUGACGCAGAAAUCCCCCUGUUGUCUCCGUGCCUUCCGCUGUCAAAGGAAAGUUCGGGGGGACGGGGCAAGCUUUGGAGAGGCACAGCUCAACCGAAGGCAGACACGUCACAAACAUGGGCAUUCCAGGAGCUUCCUCCGAGGCAUCUUUCUUAGCUUUCCUUUCAUGAUUCCUAUCGUCGUUGUCGUUUUUGUUGUUGUUGUUGUUGCUGAUCAUCCUGUUGUUGUCUCAUCCCUCCAUGUCUCCCACGCACACGACGCAUUCCACGCAUCCAUCCAUCCAUCCCAUCCAUCCGCGCAAAUCAACCAACCAAACACCCGAAUCUCUUGUCUUUGCCAGACUGACACCUCUUCAUCCGUUUAUCUGAGAUCCCAAUUGCUGGCUGUCAUCGUCUUGUUCCACCGUUUCCCACUUUUCGCCAUCACGGCCGCAACCAUCUCCCGCUGUGCCAAACUUCCAAGACAUAUCGACGCCGUUGAUGUUCCAACUCCACACUUUUGCAGUUUCGCCCCCGGCCUCACUGCGGCAUUCAUCCCAAGCCCAGCUCUACAUGGAAAAGAUGGCAUUUACAGCUACAUGGACAGAGGCAGCUACGCCAAGUUCGACCGGUGCGAGUGCGAGUGGAAGUGGAAACGCAAGUGCAAGUCUCAACCCAGUCACCGCACCCCCCUCCAGCUUUCAAGUGUUGUAUCAACCCCCGGACCGAAAGUCCUGGAUCUGGCUGUCUACCAAGAGAGAAUGAGAGGCGGGCAGAGCAAUAGGAACUGCUUCUAUGCGUCGAAGCCAACAACCUACGCAGUACACCCCCAGGCCUCAAGGUGGCAGGGAAGGAAGAUGCAUAGUGGGCCAAUAACGUUCAACUUCAAGCCUGCCAUGUCCCAUGGGUUUGCUUCCGACAACCCAACCCACACGCCUGCUAGCUCAUCUCCUUUGUUCUCAUAUGCAAUGAGUGACAUGGGCAUGGCUGUUGGCCGCAACCGCUCAUUGCUUGCCGGGCCCAAAGCAAAGAUUGCAGCCGCCUUCUUUGCACACCCUUUCUCUGUCAGUGUCAAGACCUACCGUACCUACCAGUCCUUUCAUUUUCUGAUCCCGGCAGUUGCUGCAAGUGCCCUUUUUCUUUUCUGGCUCCUAAAGAAACUGGUGGGCGAGAAGUUCAAGACUUACAGACUGAGACAUAAGAGAAGCUCUUCUCCCUUGAUCAAAUCCCUACAGGGCUGCAUACUCUUGACUCUCAUCACCGCCAUCCCAUCAUCUUGUCACCACUUGAUAUAUCUUACAAGGCAUUCACCUCUAUCACUCUCAUACAUCGCCAUGGCUACCCCAAUCGAGAGCCACCCUCGGGCAAGCCUUCACCCACUAUGGACACCUUCAUAUAACCAAGGAGGAUUCCCUCGUUCCUCGACUUCAAGCAGACCUACUGCUCCUAGCUCGUAUUACAGCCCAUCCGAUCGUUCACCCAAAAGCCUGCCCACUCCGGUAUUUCCUUCCAACGAUGGCUCAAUGAGACAGCAUGAGCGCGCCAUGGUCGACCGCCUCGGCUCCAGACUCCGACAAGCUCCAGGCUCCGGUGACCUUAGCCCGCCCAAGUCAGCAAACCGGCCGAGUCCGCUUUCUCCUCUCGCAGAGCACUCAGCAAGUGACGGUAGACGUUAUUCGGCUGCGCCUAUAAGCCCUCGCCGGCCAGGUCCGCCGCCAUCAGCAACUCCGGUCUCACCACCUAUGGCUAGCAGUGUUCGAAGGCAGACUCUCGCAGCGGAAACUCGAUCGAUGCUUCUCGCCGGUCUGGGCGAAGAGGCACAACGACGACAGUCUGUAGCAGGACCCGGAUACGUCGCCAGGUCCAGGGAGGCUGAGAAGCGCGUUCAACUUGAGCAGCUACGAGCAUGGGGUCAUGUGUAUCUUGGUGAUGCCAAAACCUCCGACGUCUUCGUUCAAGCCAUGUCUCUUAAUCGUCGAAGCUCCAAUGCGAGCACCAACUCGGAUCAAUCUGCUGGAGGUUCUUCGCCCCCACGAAUGCCGUCCACGCCGACUCUCCCACCUCACCAGCGUCAAAUGAAGUUUGGAGUUCGUCCUCGAGCUCUGGAUCGCAAACCGAUGCUCAUCACUCACACUUUCGACAUUGAGCAGUUACGCUCCACCAUCGCGGACCCGUUGCCAAGUCCUGUUUCCGCGGAUCAAAGACGGCGGCCAUCUCUGCAUACUCAGGCCACUUCACCGCUGCCAAAGGUCUCAUCUCCUCGACCGAGCGCGGCACGAAGACGGUCGAGCAGUGCAAUCCACAGCACGCUCCCUUACAGCCGCGGGCUAAAAUCUGGAGAUCCCCGCGCGGCUUCAUCGCGUGGCGCCGACACUAUACCAAUCCCCUCCAAGGCCGGCUCACUCCUACCCGAAUACAAGGCAGGGAAAUCAAGGCUAACACCCAACCCACCCACAGAUCUCCAAUACGCCAGGUCCUCACUCCCGGUGUUGGCGGCUAUCAUCGUCUCUGGUACAGUCCAGGCUGGUGACGUUGUCGAGUUGCCAUUACCGUAUCCCGAAGUGUGGUCCCAAACAGUCACCUAUGUCUACACGGGACAAGGGGACUUGACGGAUGCAGUCAAAGAGAACAUCCUCUACCUUGCAGGAAAGCGAUCGCUGCGGGCCGUUUGCCUUGUUGUUCUUCUGUUCUUCAACACUCCUUUGUCCUCUGCUCUCGGAGGACAUCUUGUUCGCUAUACAACUUUAGCUCUUUGCCCUCGUCAUGACUUAUGUAGUUUAAUGAUUUCCCUUUACAAUACAGAGAGAACAGAUUUAUUGUCCAUGAUUAUUAAUGACAUAUUACAAUUCGUGUUUUCCAACCUAAGUGAUUACGAAGAUCCUAUCUGCGCGCUGCAUACCUCCCACAACUUUGUCAACGACCGCCCUAUCCGCUCUUCAUUCCGCGUCCCGCCGAGACGGGCACAAGGGAAGAGUUACCUUGUUUAG